GGGCUCCACCCAGCCCCUCCCGGUGCUCUGGGAAAAGCCAGUCGCCACACACAGGCACACGCAGACCGGGCUCCACGCCCUAAGGAGAGCAGCCUUGGGGCCCGUCACCAUGGCAACAUCGGAGCUCCUUCCACUUCUCCACCCAGCUGACUCCCCCCCACCCCCUCCCAGCGCAGCCAACCGGCUUGUGCGCGUUCCUGGAGAGCGUUAUAAAACCUGCACGAGUGGCGCUCCCUGCUCAGCCUGACCUGAGUGAAGGGGCAGUCCCCGUUUCCAAUCCGUGACAGCCUUAGCAUGAUGAGCAUGCAGACCAUGGGUACUUUCCUGCAAAACCGACGCCUCUGCCUAGGCUUCCUGCUCUUCCAUCUCUUAAAUCAAGUGUCUGCAACUCAGCGCUGCCCGCCCUCGUGCCCGCUCCAGUGCCCCAUUACACCACCGACGUGCGCCCCCGGGGUGCGCUCCGUGCUGGAUGGCUGCUCCUGCUGUCUAGUGUGCGCCCGCCAGCGGGGAGAGAGCUGCUCUGAGCUGAAGCCCUGCGACCAGAGGAGCGGCCUCUACUGUGACCGCAGCGCAGACCCCAGCAACCAGACUGGCAUAUGCAUGGUUCUAGAAGGAGACAACUGUGUGUUUGAUGGGGUCAUUUACCGCAGCGGAGAGAACUUUGAACCAAACUGUCAAUAUCACUGCACCUGUAGAGAUGGGCAGAUUGGCUGUGUGCCCCGCUGCCAGCUGGAUGUACUACUGCCUGGUCCUGACUGCCCAACUCCAAGGAAAGUUGCAGUGCCUGGGGAGUGCUGUGAGAAGUGGACCUGUGGUCCAAAUGAGCAGGGGACGCUGGGAGGCCUGGCCCUUCCAGCCUACAGGCCAGAUGCCACUGUAGGAGUUGACGUCUCUGACUCCAGUAUCAACUGCAUUGAGCAGACCACAGAGUGGAGUGCAUGUUCCAAGAGCUGUGGGAUGGGCUUGUCCACCCGGGUCACCAACAGGAAUCGCCAGUGUGAGAUGGUGAAGCAGACUCGUCUCUGCAUGGUUCGGCCUUGUGAACAAGAGCCCAUGCAGCCAACAGAAAAGAAAGGUAAAAAGUGUCACCGCACCAAGAAGUCCCUGAAAGCCAUCCACCUGCAGUUCAAGAAUUGCACUAGCCUGCAUACCUAUAAGCCCCGGUUCUGUGGGGUCUGCAGCGAUGGCCGGUGCUGUACCCCCCACAACACCAAAACCAUCCAGGUGGAGUUUUGGUGCUCCCCAGGGCAAAGCAUCAAGAAACAGGUCAUGGUCAUUGGAACCUGCACCUGUCACUCCAACUGCCCUCAGAACAAUGAGGCCUUCCUCCAGGAGCUGGAGCUGAAGACCAGCAGAGAAGAAAUGUAACCCAUGUCCAAUAAAGCACACGAAUGGAGGCAAACUGUUGCUGCUGCAUGGCCCAGCAUCUCCUGAAUAUA